AUGAUCUUUUCAUUGAUCUAUCAUUCCAAAUUUCAGGUAAUGGACCUGCUUGGUCCUAGCCCCUCUGCCCCUGGGAUGUUUGGCAUUCACUCGGACAGGAUGACAGGAUGUCAUUUCAAAUGGUUGCUUGUAUUGCCGUUAGGCCAUAUUAAUUAUUGCGAAGAUUCGCUCCAAAGCUUUGUGCAUGGUGAUGUAAAACCUGAAACCUUUUGCUUGGUCAGCCUGGAUCCGCUCAAGAAAAGAAGUUUUUCUCAUGAAUUUGGUUACUUUAUUAUUGAUGGCUUAUUACUGCAGGGAGGUAACAUAAGUUUUCUUGUCUGUAAGAGGAAAAUGGAGACUUCUCCAGAUAUGUUAUGUAGAUUCUGUCCAGCUCCAUUCAAGCAUUUUCUUGAGACUGUCACUUGUAUGAAAUCUGGCAAAGAACCAAAGUACAAAAAACGUGUUUCUCUCUUUGAUGAUUUAAUCGAAAGGACCUGCUUCGAGACCCAUCAGGAUCUAUGGAGCUCUAGAGGACUGCACUGCUUUAUCCACAACAUGUAUCUGUGCUUGUCAAUUUAA